AUGUGGCUGGACACCGGCUUCGGUCGCAAUAUGGAGCUGGAUCCGCUUCCCCACCAUCCUAUCAGAGCUCCCCAGAACCAAGCUACCGAAGCUACUGGCGCGCUAGACUGGGCCCUUGUGAGACGGCCCACCGCCCCGAGCAGGAGAUCUCGGACGAAAUCUCACUCCUCUAAAUCCCGCAGCGCCGUUGGUUGCAGCAUGUUUCUCUCCUCCCUCUAUGCUCCAUUGCCGCGUCCCCAUGGUCGGUGA